UGUUUGAAAGUGAGCAAAUAAAGGAAGGGUUUUUGAACAAUUGAUAAGGGAGAAGUUCUCACAUGAACCAUCUGGAAAAAAAAUAAAAUAAAACAUUCUUUUUUAGAUCAUCUCUCACCACUUUCAAGGUUUCAACUUUACUCUCUUUUUUUUUUUCCUCUCUAACAAAAACAUAAAACAAAUAACAAAACCCUUCAAAAUUUUCCCACUUUAAUUAAUUUUUUCUUCACUUCCCAUGGAUACUGCUCAAUGGCCACAGGAGAUUGUGGUGAAACCAAUUGAAGAAAUUGUGACAAACACAUGCCCAAAACCAAGUGUUUCAAUUUUAGAGAGGAAAAUUAGACCUCAAAAGGAACAAGCUUUGAAUUGUCCAAGGUGUAAUUCAACCAAUACCAAGUUUUGUUAUUACAAUAAUUAUAGCCUUACACAACCAAGAUACUUUUGCAAAACUUGUAGAAGGUAUUGGACUGAAGGUGGAUCCUUAAGAAAUAUUCCUGUUGGUGGAGGCUCAAGGAAGAACAAGAGACCUUCUUCUUCUUCAUCUACAUCUACAUCUCCCACACCUUCUUCAUCUCAUCAACCUAUUCCCAAGAAAAUUCUUGAUCUCCCUCAAAACCCUAAACCCACCCAAGAUCUCAACUUGUUCUUCCCACCCUCAAACCAUCAAGAUCAUCAUCAUUUCACCACCAAUAACCUCUCCGAAAUCGUUGUCGUCGGUGGUAAACCUACAAUUGCCAGUUCCUCAUCGGCCUCUGCUGUGUCGUCGUCGCCACCGGCCCCAUCGCAUCAGCCUUCGGCAAUGGAGCUUCUCACCGGAAUGACGAGUAGCAACAACAACAACUCUAGGGGUUUGAAUUGUUUCGUUUCAAUGCCGCCUGUUGUCGUCCCCGAUCCUGGCUCCGUUUACACGGUAGGGUUUCCUGAUCUCCAUGAUCAGUUCAAGCCAAGCCUUGGAUUCUCUCUCGAUGGCUACGGCAUCGUCCAGACGGAGGCGAGCAAUGGCGGGGGGAGGCUCAUGCAGCUGCCAUUUGAGGAUUUGAAGCAAGGGUCUAAUGGAGUUGAACAAGGCAAAGAGCAAGGAGAUCAUAAUUCAAAUGGGUAUUGGAGUGGAAUGUUGGAUGGAGGAUCAUGGUAAAUUCUAGGGCUGAAUCAUAUCAUUAUUCACAUUUUGGAUCUUUCAACCUCUUUUAUUCUUGUCUCCAAAGUGGUUUUCUUCCUCAAUUUCAGUCAUUAAACUGAUUUUUUUUCAACCCAUCUUUUAUCUCUAUUUUUGGUUAAGAUUCAUUGACGAAAUGAUGAACUUGAAAAACAUAUAAUCAGUUCAAUGACUGAAUUAUUGAUGAAAAAAACAAUUUAGAAACAAGAACCAAAUUCUAUAGCUAGCUAGUACAACACUUAGAACCUUGUUUAUUUUGAACCCUAGUUUAUUAGAUCAAUAUAACUUUUCAAAUUUGACUAAUUUUCUCCCUUUGUAUUAGGUGACUUUGCUUUGAAAUCCUUUUUACAUUACUAAUGGACAUAGUUUAUUAGAUCAA